AAUUGAAAACCCUAAACCCUUUCAUCUUCUGCUUACUCCUCCACCGUGCACAGCCGUUUCUCUUCCCCACAUUCGCACUGUUUUUCGUUGGUACUCUACCUCGUGCGCGGCGCCGUCCUUCACCGGUUCUCUUCCUGCUUGGAUAUGACGUCAAGACCAGAACUGCAAGCUCCUCCAGAAAUAUUCUACAACGAUGCUGAGGCUCGGAAAUAUACUUCAUCCUCUCGUAUCAUUGAAAUUCAGGCAAAAAUCACAGAUAGAGCGUUGGAGCUUCUUGCCUUGCCUGAUGAUGGAGUGCCCAGGUUGCUUCUUGAUAUUGGCUGUGGAUCGGGUCUUAGUGGGGAAACAUUGACUGAGCAUGGUCACCAAUGGAUUGGUUUGGAUAUCUCUCAAUCAAUGCUUAAUGUCGCAUUGGAGCGGGAGACCGAUGGUGACCUUUUACUUGGUGACAUGGGUCAGGGCUUAGGAAUACGUCCGGGAGUUAUUGAUGGGGCUAUUAGCAUCUCUGCCGUUCAGUGGUUAUGCAACGCUGACAAGUCCUCUCAUAAUCCGCGACUAAGAUUGAAGGCGUUCUUUGAAUCACUAUACAAAUGCUUAGCAAGGGGCGCACGAGCAGUGUUGCAAGUUUAUCCUGAAAACGUGCACCAACGUGAAUUGAUUCUAGGUUUUGCUAUGCGCUCAGGAUUUGCUGGUGGUGUAGUCGUUGAUUACCCACACAGUGCAAGGAGUAGAAAAGAGUACCUGGUGCUUACUUGCGGUCCGCCAUCCAUUACUUCGACUGUUCCGAAGGGAAAAGAUGGAGAUUACGAGAGCUGUUCCGAUGAUGACAGUGGCGAAGAUGAAGAAAAUCAAACCGUUCGUAUGGCAGCACCGAGGAAAAGGCAGAAAAUCAGAAAGAGAGGCAAAGGAAGAGAGUGGGUACUGAAGAAGAAGGAACAGAUGAGAAGAAAAGGGAAUGCUGUGCCGCCUGAUUCCAAAUACACGGCUCGUAAACGCAAGGCCCGUUUUUGAAUGUUCAUACAUUCAUCAUUUUUGUUCUUGUGAGAAAUUAUUUAAAAUAUUAUAUAUGGAGAUUAAUCUUUUUGUAUUGAGCUUUGAUUGAAUUUUGACAUUUUUUUACCAUAUAUAAGUGUAUAUGGUGAAUGCAUUGAAGGCAGAAUGAGAGUUUUCGGAUCUACCAUGUAUUAGUUUUACAGCAAAAUGUAUUUGGUUUGUGAG